AUGCAGUGGUUCCUGCUGAGCCCCAUCCUGGCCCUGCUCUGGGUGUCUGUGGCACAGGCCGAGGUCCUGGUACAGCCCGACUUUGAUGCCAACAAGUUCUCAGGCCUCUGGUAUGUGGUCUCCAUGGCGUCUGACUGUAAGGUCUUCCUGGGCAAGAAGGACCACCUGCGGAUGUCCACCAGGACUAUCACAGCCACUGCAGAGGGCGACCUCAGCGUUCACAUGGAGUUCCCUGGGACGGAGGGCUGUUACCAGGUGGAUGCCGAGUACCUGAAGGUGGGCUCCGAGGGCCACUUCAGAGUCCCAACCUUGGGCUACCUGGACGUGCGUGUUGUGGAGACUGACUACAGCUCCUUUGCCGUGGUCUAUAUCUACAAGGAGCUAGAGGGGGCCCUGAGCACCAUGGUGCAGCUCUACAGCCGGACCCAGGACGUCAGUCCCCAGGCUGUGAAAGCCUUCAAGGACUUCUACCCGACUGUGGGACUUCCCAACGACAUGGUGGUCACGCUACCCAAAACAGAUUCGUGUACCCGCAAAGGCAAAGAGGCACCCUGA